GUUCAUCGAGUUCGAGUUGUGGCAGUUCGCCCACUCAGUUUGGCCACAGCUCUGAAUGCGAGCGUAACGAUCGCAAGCCGCCGUCUAACAAGUGAAGUGCAUUUUCUCCAUUUUCUGCAUUUUCUCAAGCCGCUUCCCAGAUUAUAUUUGGCUGGACCACAGCCCAUAACUUGAACCCGUCUUUAAUGCCCGUGUCUUGUCGAGAGUUUCCAAAAUAGUUAUGAAUCUUAUACUGGCUGUAACCACGGCUCUGCAACUAGCUUUGGUGGUAUUGGCGCAGAGUCCGCUAUCAGUUCGUGGCCAAAGCCUUUCUGAUGGCAUACGUCUGGUCAUGGAAAAGAGGUCGGGCGAUGUAGUACACAUUCGUCCGGCUCGGGGCACGCCGGAGGCUGAGACAGUCGGAUCCACCACCAAUGGUGACAGCCAUCGCACCAGGAACAACCGUAAGGCGAACAAGUCGCAAGAGCACUUUCAGCAGGUUGGGGGCCACAAGUCGGGAUCGGGAUCCAGAAAACAAGGGGUUGCGGAAAAUGGCGGGGCACAGCUAUCACAACCGAAUCACAAGCAAGGCCACAAAAACACUGAUAAGCAACCACGCCAAGGAGGAGCUAAGCAGCGAGGACAUGGCCAACAUCAUGGAGGCAACAGAAAAGGACCUAAAGCAGCGACUUCGGAGAAUGGGUCGACGUGCCGAUACGCCAAGAGCGCUUGGUCCAAUUGUGACCAGAAGACCAAUAUGCGAUCGCGGGUUCUGUCCCUAAGGAAAGGAGAGCAAAACUGCUUGCCAACGCGGACCAUACAGAAGAAGUGCAAGAAAGGCUGCCGCUAUGAAAAGGGUGAGUGGUCGCAGUGCGUCGGAGGACAAAUAACCAGAGAGGAUAAGUUGGAACCAGAGGCCACUGGCGGCAGCGACCAAAACUGCAAUCCUGUGCGUACCGUCAGCAAGAAGUGCAAAGCAAAUGGCAAUUCCAGUGGAGGAAAGCAACACGGCCAGAGUCGUCGAACAAAGGAGCAAAAGCAGAAGGAUAAGGGAGCCGGCCGCAUUUCAACUUAACAAUGCAAAUUAUUUAUUUAUACGUAUACGGAAGCCACAUUUUUAACAUUAAAUAAGCAAUUUUUAAGUGCUAGCCCGUACGGACUACAUGAACGACAAUAAAGAAUUGGUUUUAUUCAGCGCCUUUUUAAGGCCUAAAUGCAAGGAA